AGCAAAGCGGCUCGAGCUGUGUUCGAAUCGUGUUUACAAGUCGCACCCUAUCCAUAUGCUGGCUCCUGUCGAUCCACUCUGUCGAAGGGCAGCGCAGAUGGUGGUUUGGUUUGUAAGUAUGAUGCUUAUUUGUGCCCAUACCACCCACGCCGUAUAUGAAAUGAGGACGACCAGGACGUUGGCGAAACAUGAUAUGCUGAACGGCAGUCGAAUUUUAGACGGCUCGGACGUGUCGGUUGCCUGCGAUAUGCUUAGCCCAGACUUGAUCUCUCAAGUUCAAGCCAAGCGGUUCAAGGAUGCUGUCACGUUUUCCAAGGUGAGCUUGGCGUGUUGGGCUUUUGUUGAACACGCAAUAUUGAAUGGCAGUGGUCUGCGAAAGGUUGAGUUCGAGCACACUCGCGUGCCGGCCGCCAAGUACGUGUCGCUCCUGAUCGACAACAAGACAGCAAUCCAAGAUUUUCUCCUGUCCGGUCGUUUGGGGGACGAGGAUGCUGCGGCCCUCGCACAGGCAUUGAAGGUGAGCAAGGCCCUCCGAAGCUUUACUCUCUCAUCCUUCUCCCUUGCUUCCGAAGCUGCCAUUGGAGACGAUGGCGCUCGAGCCCUUGCAGAGGCGCUGGAGGCGAAUGAGCUCCUGCAGAGGUUCUCCCUCUCCUCGUACUCCCUCUACGACCCUACCAUUGGAGACGCUGGCGCAGUGGCCCUCGCAAAGGCCUUGGAGGUGAACGCUGUCCUGAAGAGCUUUGUCCUCUCCUCCACCUCCGUCAGCUCCGCCGCCAUCGGAGACGCUGGCGCAGAAGCCCUCGGGGAGGCGCUGGCGGUGAACACGGCUCUGCGACGCUUCGAUCUCUCCUCCACCGCCAGGGCUGCCAUUGGGAAUGACGGGGCCGAGGCCCUCGCAAGGGCGCUGGAGGUGAACACGGCCCUGCGAAGCUUUGCUCUCUCCUCCUCGUCCUCGUCCCACGCUGGCGAUAUCGGCGACGACGGCGCGAGGGCGUUCGCGAGAGCGCUGGGUGCUCACCAGGGCCUGCGCAACUUCACCCUCACCGGCUCGAACAACAUCUCACCCGCUGGAGCCCAAGCUUUUGCGGAUGCGCUGCGGCCGGUCGACGGCCCGAAAGUGUUGAAGAUAUUGGAAGUUUCCCAAGACGGGCCCACAGAUAGGUGGGGCGAAAUAUUUGCAGAUCGCGUUUUUGAGUUUUUGGCGCAAGAUAAAGAGCCCCCGACCAUUAUAUUUUCGGGGAAGGUUGCAAUCGCGGUCUACCAAAAACGACUUUUCAGUCAUUUCGUACGAAGAUCUCGAGACCUUCAGAAACAGGCCCGCUAUAUACAGAUUCUCGCCUGCCUGUGCACAUUCUUGUUGGUAGUCAUUGCCUCGAUGUGGAAUUUCCGAAACAUCCUCACAAAGAAAUGUACCACCUUUCAGGAGAAGUAUUUCCCAGAGAAAAUGUUCUUCCCAGGUCUCUCAGACCAGCCUUCGCGAGGAGGCGCCACCGAGUUAAGCGUUAUGGCGUCUACGUCGCGUGCGAUGGCAAGAAGGUCAUCGACGGUAUCUAACAUGGUAAAAUUUGAUGCGCUAGGCACAUUCAGGACGGGGCGACCCCGCUGUGCCGCUGGAGGCCUCGUUGACUUCCUCGGGGUCACGUUCGAGACCCUGCGGAACAUGUACCAGGACCCCUCGAAAGCGCUGCUCGACGAGUGGGAAGCGCUCCCCGAGGCCACGAUUCGGAAGGUGGCGGAUAUGAGACGCCCCAUGAUGAACAAGCAGAAGACCUUGAGCUUUCUGUAUUACAUAUUGUAUGAAGCGGCCUCCGGCAUUGAAGAUGACAGUAACGCAGGAGAUGGUCUCAGCGUCAUUCGAGAUGAAGGCCGGGAUGGAUGGACAUUGGCUGAUUUUGUUAGGUUGCCACAGGCUCAAGAAGCCGGGCUUAGAGAGGACCACAUUAUUGCUCUUCGCGUGUACACUAGCGCAAUGUUCCAGGUAAUCAAUGGUCCGUUCCGGGACGUGGAGAAUCAGAACGGGUUUGCACAGCAGCAUCCCGUUCCUGUCACAUGCCUUUUGAUAGCGGAAGGGCUCAAGAAGCUCCGCCAAUUAGAAGCAGACCAGGCCACCAAGGAUGGCCCGACGCAGAAAGUGUAUUAUAGAGGCAUGAAGAAUCUCAGAGCCCCGAGUUCUUUCAUGGCGGUAGGAGGCACCGAACUAGCUCCCAUGUCAACUUCCACAAGCCAGAACAAAGUAGGAGAGUACAGCCAGAGCGACAAGCCCUUGGUUGUGCGGGUUGUUUGCGAUAAUUUCAUGGAGCAGGGCUCCGAUAUAUCUUGGCUGUCUCUGUAUCCGGGCGAACAGGAGGUGUUGUAUCCCCCGUUGACAUUUCUAGAGCCUGUUCGCAGGCGCCGCAUUGCGAACAGCGCCGGCUGGGUGAUUGACGUAAAGCCACACAUCAGCUGAUCUUUCAAAUAUCUCCUAGCCUCCUCCUGCCACCUCCUUCUCCGCUCCACGCGCGUUGUCUGUUUA